AACGACGACGUACUGGAUAUUUUUAAAAUCCGUCUGACCUAUAAUAAACGGCGACGUGUCCAGAUACUUAAAAAUUCUGCCCAAGUUAAACAAAACGACGUCUUGGGAUAUUGAAAAAUUCGGCCUAACCUGAAACAAAACGACGUUGGUUAAUGUCUGUACUCGCAAAACGAUGUCGUAUGUAAGGAUAUAUUAUAGACAGCGCCUCAUUUUCACUCGAUUAAAACGACGUAUAGUCUUCAAUUUCUUUUCCGUAAAAAUGCAAGGGAGGUAGAUUUAAUUGAAAAAAAAAAAGAGAAAUGGAGGGAAGAUGGAGAAAAUGGAUGAUGAUAAUGGCGAUUCAUGGAAUUGGAAUAAUAAUAUUUACAAGAGGAUUUCUAUUGACAAGAACUGAGCUUCCUUAUUACAGUCACUGCUCUGAUGUAUCUCAGUCUCCUUGCUUUUCACCAUCCGUUAACUUUAUCGAUCGACGGCAACAGCAGCAGUGUUGGACUAAACCUGCUGUCGAUCGUCUCAUCAUUAUUGUUCUUGAUGCUCUCAGGUUUGAUUUUGUCGCUCCUAGCUCUUUUUUUCCAGAGAAGAAGCCGUGGAUGGAUAAACUGUCUGUAUUGCAGAAAAUGGCAUUUAAAGAAGGUUCCUCUGCUAGGAUUUUCAAAGCUAUUGCAGACCCGCCUACAACAAGUCUUCAACGUUUAAAGGGCUUGACUACUGGAGGACUCCCAACUUUUAUUGAUGUCGGAAACAGCUUCGGGGCACCUGCAAUUAUUGAAGAUAACUUCAUACAUCAGUUGGUUAUAAAUGGGAAGCGUACGUUGAUGAUGGGUGAUGAUACAUGGGUUCAGUUGUUUCCUCAUCAUUUUAACAAGUCUUUUCCCUACCCAUCUUUCAAUGUUAAAGAUCUCCACACAGUAGAUAAUGGAUGCAUUGAUCAUUUAUUUCCAUCCAUAUCUCAAGAUGACUGGGAUGUUCUAAUUGCUCAUUUUCUUGGUGUGGAUCAUGCUGGGCAUAUAUUUGGUGUUGAUUCUGUGCCAAUGAUAGAAAAGUUGGAGCAGUACAAUCUCAUUCUUGAGAAAUUAAUUGAAGAACUGGAGAGCCAGUCUGGGCCAGGUGGCUUACAUGAAAAUACUCUUCUUGUCGUAAUGGGUGACCAUGGGCAAACAUUAAAUGGUGAUCAUGGUGGAGGGAGUGCGGAAGAGGUGGAAACAUCAAUUUUUGCCAUGAGUUUUAAGCAGCCACCAUUUUCAAUUCCAUCUGAACUUGACAGUUCAUCUUGUGAACAAGACCUGGAGGCAAAGAAGAUGUGCACCAGCUCUAUUCAACAGCUUGAUUUUGCAGUGACAGUGUCAGCUUUACUUGGUGUCUCUUUUCCUUUUGGAAGCAUUGGACGUGUUAAUCCUGAGCUGUAUGCUUUAGGUUCUGGUACAUGGAAUUUGGAGGAAACUAAAAUAGAGAAUUGCAAAAGCCAGUCAAAUUUGGAAGACUGGGUACAGAAUUAUGUCAAUGUGCUCUGCAUCAAUUCUUGGCAGGUCAAAAGAUACAUUGAUGUCUAUUCAGCUUCAUCAAUGAUUGGAUUUUCCUCUGAAGACCUGCUACAUCUAUCAAACAUGUACAAUCUGGCAGAAGAGAAUUGGUCAAACAUGAAGGAUUUGUUAUCAUAUAAAAAUGAAAGCUGCCAUUCUAUCUUGCCUGGUCUUACAAGGCAAAUUGAUGCUUAUUUUGACUUUCUAUCAAAUGUUUCAGAAUUGGCACGCUCCAAAUGGACCGAGUUUAAUUUGAAGAUGAUGGGCAUAGGUCUAGGGGUUAUGUUAAUGUCACUUUUAAUCAUGUUUCUUGCUAUUCAGCCAUCAAAUAAGCCAUAUGCCGUUUUUCUACCUUCCCCUGGAGAUUUGAAGAUAUCCUCAGUAUUUGCUUUCUUUAUAGUGGCAAUACGUGCUUGCAGCCUUUUUUCUAAUAGUUUCAUUUUGGAAGAAGGAAAGGUAGCAAGUUUUCUGUUAGCCACAACUGGCAUUGUCAAGUUACGACACUCAAUCUUGAGAAAGAAGAUGCUGUUUGAAGCUAUCAUUUUUCUUCUGUUAGUAUCCAUUCUUAGAUUAUGCAUCGAGGUUGGGCUGUCUAAGCAGGCCACUACUUCUUCAUUUAUGAGUGCAUCUCCCUCGUGGAUGCUUGGUAUUGCUCCAGGCCAUCCAAUAUGGAUGUAUUUGUCUGAAUUUGCUCCACUUCUUGCUAUAAUCUUAUUAGCGGGGUUACUGUAUAGAACCACUUGUAGCAGCUACUGUUUGGGAGUUUGGAAGUAUGUAAUUGUGGGAACUGUUUCAAGUUAUAUACUUAUAGCGGUUCACUGGGGAUCUGAAAGUAGCAUACCCAUUCUGGCCCUGUUACUUCAGGGAGUUGGAAAAAGUUACAUUCCCAGAUUAGUCUAUGCUAUAGGUCUGGGUCAACUUACGUUAGUGGCAUUUGGUUCAGUUUUUACUGAAGAAAAAUCUUUAGAUGGAAAAUGGAGCCCGAUAAUGAAAACAGUGGCCAUUUUAUCUGCUUGGAGUUCAACAAUCAUUCUUCUGUCAGGAAAGCAAGGUUCUUUGGUUGCACUGGCAUCCAUAAUUGGAGGGUAUUGCAUAGCAAAGCUGCAGCUCGUGGAAGACGAUGCCUAUAGUAACAUUGCUACAAAAUUGAAUUUCAGUCCUCUUGCUGUAACACAAUGGAAUCUGCUAGCUGUAUGUCUAUUUUUCGCCACAGGUCACUGGUGUGCUUUUGAUGGCCUUCGCUACGGUGCUGCAUUUAUUGGGUUUGAUGAGUUCAUUCUCAUUCGUCAAGCUAUCCUUCUUACAAUCGAUACAUAUGGUUUUUCACUCAUUCUUCCUAUAUUUGGGCUCCCAUUGCUCGCUAUACACCAUUCUUUUUCGGGUCAGACCAAUUACAGGAACAAUUCAGUUUUCUCACAGUUAUAUCAGAUGUAUAUGAUGUUUGGACUCAUUACAGCAACCACAGUUACAGCCACUAUUAUAUGUGUCACCAUUCAAAGGCGGCAUCUAAUGGUGUGGGGUUUAUUUGCUCCGAAAUUUGUCUUUGAUGUGGUCAGUCUUCUGCUCACGGAUCUCUUAAUUUUCUUUGCUUUGCUAUUUUAUCCUAGCCGAGCACAAAAUGAUAGCCAGAAGAGAAUUUGACAUACAAUGUUCGCUGCCGAUGACAGUAGAACAUGAUUUUGAACAGAAACCUAAUUCAUUUGUUGGUCGUUGAAUCCUUUUUAUUAGCUAGAUGUUUAACAAGACUGUUUUUUCCAAAUUUAGAAAAUGUUUACUAAAUUCAUUUUUUUGUUGAAAUAGCCAAGAUGGAAAGAAUGUUAGACAACAGACCCUUUGAAAAUUUUGGUACUUUUGUAGUUUUGUUAUACAUACAUGUUAGAAAGAAGGAAAAAAAAAACGUUUUUUUUCCUGAAUAAA